UCUCUUCGUUUCAAAUCGUUUGUUAUCGUGUGACUAUGUAGUGGCUAAGUUAAUCGUAAUAAUUUUUAUUAAAGAAAAACAGUGUAAUAUUGAAAAUCAUGACAGAAAAUAAGCAAUACAGAUGUGUAAAUUGUGGCAAACCGCACAGUGCUUUAUACAAAACAUACGGACCUACACUUUUGAAACUUACCAAAUGUGAUAAAUGCAAAGGAAUAGUAGAUAAAUACAUAGAAUAUGAUCCAGUUAUUGUUAUGAUAGAUAUAGUUUUAAUAACCAAAGAAGCACAGUGGCAUGUACUGUAUAAUACAGAAUUUAAGUCAUAUUGGAAGCUGUUUAUAAUCCUCGUCAUGGUGGAAACGUACGGGUUGUGGAGACGAGACAGCCUGUUCAAUAUUGCUGUAGACUCAUUGUGCGGCAUGCGGAAUGGAUCCUAUAACAACACCCACACGGCAGUGCCGGAAAUCUUGAAAGACCAGUGUUGGGCGUGGGAGCAACAAGACAGGAGCAAUGACAAUGAUCUCUUCAUAAUGGAGAAGGAUUUUUAUGUCCAGUUCAUUUCUACUUUUAGUGGAAUAGUCAUGUUUAUGAUGAUUCUUCAUGGUCUGAUGAAAUUGACGAAACCUUUGUCAUCGCGUUACGAAGUAUCGUUCCUCCGAGUAGUGAAAGGAUUUUCUCUCGCCAACAUGAGUAUUCUAUUCACUCUGCCAAUGCUAGUGUGGGGUAAUACUGAGACCUCACAAGAAACUAAGACGAUACACUAUCUACUGGUAUUCGGAUACAGUUUCAUGGUGUUUUUUAACGUUUUCACAGUUAUAUACGAGCGCUCAACGCUCGCCACGCUGAGCGCGGUGGCGGCCGCCAGCCUCGCGCGCUUCCUCGCCAGCUUGUACGUCACGCCCGCCCUCAGGGACUGUAUACUGUGACCGCGAAUACGUCUUCAUUGCUUACGGGGUGGACAGUGACUAUGACUGAACAAACUCUCGUGAAUAACCGUUAAGUGUUGAAGCCACAUGAUUGUCAACUUCAAUGGUACAAUGAUGAAGUGAUGCCGACUUAAGACAGGUUGAAAAGAAGUGAUCAUUUAUGAAACAGUUUUUAAUAUAUACGAGUAGAACUGUACUUAAUUUUAACUAAAGUGCUUUCCCCUCGACGAUAAAAUGGAGUACUCUUUGGACUGUUGACCACAUAAGGAAUAAGAAUAAAAAAAAUAAUUAAAAAUUCAGGGGGUUAAAGCCAUUAAAAUAAAGUAUAAGUAAGGAUUUUUUCACAUUUGUAUCAGUUGUUGUGAAGUAUUUUUUAUACCAAAAAAUGUUAUUAAUUAAAAUUAUUUUGUUGCCUGAU